GGAAGCUUAGACCAAAUCCAGAUCCAUAUCUUCGGUCCUCGUUCAAAAUGGAAAUUUUUCAGGUUCUAGUAUGUACUUUCAGGAGAUCCAAGCUCCUAGAGUUGUCGAGGUUAAAGAUAUGAGUAGGCUUUGUGGUAAUCUUGAAUCUACGAACUUGGAUCGUCUCGUCCAUGUUCAUAGUAUACUCAGAAAAAGUGCCUUCGUUGGUUCUCAUUUUCCUGAAGACGAUCUUCAAUGUUGAAAAGGAAAUUCAAGCCAACUUGUUGAAAUUCACAAAUUAUAAGUCCUCAGGCGAAGCCAGGUAUGAUAAAUAGAAGUAACUUGUCGAUGUCGUGGCAUUUUUCAUUAUGAAAUGAUUUCGAUUUUUGUACAGCUUCCGCUGUUCUCGGAAACGAGGUGACUUGAAGAUUCAUAAUUUUAGCGACUACAGCAUCAACAAUCAUGGCUUCCUCGUCUUCGUCCGCCCCUGAUCAUGGGCGGAAAAUGCGUCAGGCACCUGCUGCCUCAGCAGACUUCUUCGGAGAAAACAAGCCUGAAGAGGAGGAGGAGAAAGAAGACGUGCCACUAACUGGAAGCAAGAAAGCAGAGCAAAUGAAGCCUGAUGUGGAGAUGAUCUUGGUGGCAGGAGAAUUGAUACCCGUGAGCAAAGAACACAAGGUUCAAGACGAGGACGACAAUGCAGUCGUGAUAAACCGAGUACACAACUAUCACGGGAGUACGGCAGGUACUGAAAAGACUAGAAGAAGAUGGAUAUUUAUUUUUGUGGCUGAUUGUUAUCUCUUUUUUUUGGGUAACGCCGGCCAAUAUUAAGCCUCCUACUGCAGAUGCUACGGAGACUCGAUGGCAGUCCAACUUACAAAUUUACUCCAUAGAAAUGCUGACUUUGAAACGUCCUAGGUAAAUCUCAAUAUUAAGCCUCCUGUACAAACAUGCAUCCAUCAAUUUUAAUACACGGAACAUCCAAGAAGAAGAACCCAAUCCCAAAGCCAUUAUCAAUCUUCAUAGGAUACCUUAGAAGUUUCAUCAAUCAUCAUAGGAUAUUCCCUCAGUCGUUCUCCUCUGUGAAUCUCAUCUACACACUCGGAUCCCCACACCACAAUCGCAGCCGCCGGAAGUGAUUUUUUUCACAUGUACCAGAAAACGAGGGGUCGGGAAUUGGAGAGGCUAGAAAAAUUAGACGCGGACCAUGACGCAAAGCUCGAAACCCUAGCCUUUCAGCAGAAGAGGAUAAACAAUUUCCACAAAGAUCAGGAGAAAUUGGAGAAAAACCGCGCAAAACGGCAGAAGAAGAAGGAAAGACAGAGGAUAAAUAAAGCGAAGAGGAAGAAAGGUAUUCUUACUUCUAAAAGCUGAGUUAAGAUGUUGACUCGUCUUGGAUGACCAGAUAGACGAGAUUUUUUGAUAUUGGUAGUGUACUAGAAUUAUAUAUUUGAUCGACCUUGCUCUUGCAGGCCGUACUAGACGUCGUAUUGUCAUUCUUAAACUAGUCGAUCAAAAACAUCAUUGUUUCCACCGACGACUUUCUUCGUCUUCUCGUUCAGGUGACAAAGACGAGAGCAGCGAUGAGGAGGUAGACGAAGAACAGAAUGUCAAGUUCAGACGUAUUGCUUCUACUGUUGCAGCAAACGAUGAAGAGCAAGAACCUGACGAACCUGGAGCUAACCAUCCUUCAACGACUUCUAGAGGUGCACCACGUCAAGUGGGCAGAACAGCAGGUAGCGCGACAUCCGGUCUAGGCAAAACUACUCUUCCAGCAGGAUCACCAAAUCAAACGUCAUCAGGUGCAGGGGCUUUGGGUGGAGUUCUUGACUUUGCAGACUUGGCCGCGCAAGUACAAAAAAGCAACGACUAUGGUGGUAGACCUACGUCGGAGACCACACUUUCGCUAGCGACUUCCACAACAGACGACGCUGAUGGAGCUAAACAGCCUGAGGUAAAGAGGAUGCAACAACAGAACUUAAUUUUGCGAGAAGAUUUCGAUAUCUAGUUGAGAUGAUUUGCUUCACUCUUGGAAGGGAAUGUUCUACACAAACAUUUUAGUCACUUUCAGGACCUGAUAAUUUCCGCGCCGCCCGCCCUAUGAAACACGACGACAACAUUUCCUGUACUACCCGUUGUAUUGUUUCUACUACUCCGUUCCGACCACAGAGAUUGAACGAGCUUCUAAUAAGCGUGGG